UUUUGGUUUCCCCUUCGAACAAGCUUGGUUAGGGUUUGGUAGAUAACAGUUAAACAAUUCGAUUUUUCAGUCGUUCCUUCUCCUUUAGAGAGUCGCAGCUGCCUUCGAAGACUCAAAUCGUCGCAGCCAUGUACGGAUCGAGAGGGGCAAUGUUGGGAACCGGGGGGGUUUCGGACGGGUACGAGGUCGGCUCAAAGAGACCAAGAAUGAUGGACUCGAAUCCCUACUUCGCAGUGAGCAGCGGCACAAGUGGCUUUCAACCUUACAACUAUGGUGGGGGUUAUCAGCCCCCUGCCUUUCCUGUGGCCCGUCUCAGGGGGCUUCCUUUCAACUGCACUGAUAUCGACAUCUUCAAGUUCUUUGCGGGACUGGAUAUUGUUGAUGUGUUGCUGGUCAACAAGAAUGGACGCUUCUCAGGGGAGGCCUUUGUAGUCUUUGCUGGACCCAUGCAGGUUGAGUUUGCUCUUCAUAGAGAUCGUCAGAACAUGGGGCGGAGGUAUGUAGAAGUUUUCCGGUGCAAGAGGCAGGACUACUACAAUGCUGUUGCAGCGGAGGUAAACUAUGAAGGUAUUUAUGAUAAUGACUAUCAAGGAAGUCCUCCUCCAUCUAAAUCAAAGAGGUUCAGCGACAAGGACCAAAUGGAGUACACUGAGAUAUUGAAGAUGCGCGGUCUCCCCUUCUCUGUAAAAAAAUCUGAAAUUCUUGAUUUUUUUGGAGAAUUCAAGGUUGUAGAAGACAGGGUGCAUAUUGCUUGCCGCCCGGAUGGAAAAUCUACUGGAGAGGCAUAUGUUGAGUUUGUUUCUGCGGAAGAGGCUAAAAAGGCAAUGUGCAAGGACAAGAUGACAAUUGGGUCGAGGUACGUGGAGCUGUUUCCAUCGACACCAGAUGAAGCUAGACGGGCUGAAUCCAGAUCAAGGCAGUGAUGAUCAGAGACAGUGUAAACUUUUUUAUGUGAAAUUUCCAUUGUGGGGCUAAAACAUUUUUCUCUUUAGGUUAUAUACAAACAUCAUUUGUUAUCUUUUUAAAUGGUUAAAUUGAAGUCCAUAUGUGGACAAAAGGAACAUGUGGGUUAUCUUUACUAGCAUCUGC